AUGGCGUUUGUCCCAUCACCCAAGUCUACACUCAACACCCCCGCUUCCAUUCGAAAUUAUCAAAUGGAAGGAAGUUUGUACCUGGGUAACACAUCAGAACUUACCGACCCUUGGCCCGCUUUCAUGAACAUUAAAUUCAUAGAGAGCACCUUCUUCAUAAUCACAUUCAAAGAGGACAUCGAAAACAGCUUGAAAUACUAUCUUGGCUGGUCGAUUCGACCGGUUCCGACCUUCAUAAUCGUUCAUUUGGGUUGCAAACUCAGCUGGUGCUUUUAG